AGUGUGUAUAUAUAGUAUAUUCGUACGACCAGGUCCAAGCCAAUGGUACGGUGGCAGUUGCUGUAUUGCCGAGUUGACUUCCAGAGUUGCCACCUUAUAUGAAGAGCCUAGGAUUGGACAAGAAUCCUGCAGAACUUCCAGUUCCAGUCCAGCAGCAGAAUCUCCUUUCCCAGAGACACAAAACUAAGAGUCUGCAUCGAAACCAGGGGUGUCAUCAGCUCACAAUGUCCAAGAAGACGGUGGUCAGAGCUGAUCUCAUCGGCAAGAAAUGCACGAGUGAGAUCCUGGCAGCUGUUGCCACGAUCCAAGGGAUCAAGUCGAUGGAAGUUGAUCAUGACAAGUGCACGCUGACGGUGGUCGGCGUCGUCGACCCGGUGUGUAUCGCGCUGGCGCUCAAGAAGAAGUGCUUCGCCGCGACCAUCGUCAGCGUGGAGGACGACAAGCCCAAGGAGGAGAAGAAGGACCCCUGCAAGGAGGCGUGCGAGAAGCUCUGCAAGGAGAAGUGCGACAAGGCCUGCUGCAAGGAGUGCAAGGAGAAGUGCGAGAAGGCGUGCAUGGAGAAGUGCGAGAAGUUCUGCAAGGGGAAGUGCAAGUGGUGCGACAAGGGGUGCUCCUGCAGCAGCUGCACGACGAGGCCCGGCUGCUACUACACCCCCUAUGCCAUGCCUAGCUGCUACUGCUAAGACUGCAGGCUUGUGGCCUAUGGCGGUUACUGCUAGAAGAGCGAUCACCAGCGGGAGAAUGCACCAUCCAGUAGGGGGUCUGCAGACUCUACGGGAGUGCAGUAUAUUGUUGUGACUUUGCUUAUGAAUUUCACCAUGAAUUUUUUUUCAUUGUUAACGGUUUCCUUUUUCUUUUGUUACUAUGCACAUGUUCUUUUGUUACGUUGGGGGCAGAGUAUUUCUGCACUUUUGUUGUGGUGAUUGUUGUUGUUGUACAGUUGUGCUGUGUUCUUUUCUUUAGUCUGUAAAGAUAACUGGAUACCAUGGUUACUCAUA